CAUGAAACUAUCGCGUGCGCACGUGACACUAUUGCGCGUUCACAUGAAACUAUCGCGUGCGCAGGUGAAACUAUCAAAUUUAGUUUUGCGUGCUCACAUGAAACUUUUGCGUGGUCACGUGAAACUUUAGCGCGCGCACAUGAAACUAUUGCGCGUUCACAUGAAACUAUCGCUUGCACACGUGAAACUAUCGAAUUUUGUUUUGCGUGCUCACAUGAAACUUUUGCGUGCUCACGUGAAACUUUCGCGUGCUCACGUGAAACUUUCGCGUGCUCACGUGAAACUUUAGCGCGCACACGUGAAACUAUUGCACGCUCACAUGAAACUAUCACGCGCGCACCUGAACUAAACUUUAAAAAAAUUCUGCACAUGAAGGUUUCGCAUGAGCACAUGAAAAUUUUGAUUCCUAGUGAGUAAAAAAAUUAUUUGACACCUCUGCAAAAAUAUUUUCUAAACAAAAAGUCUGUGGUGUGGAUACUUUAUGAAGCCAUACAGCCUGGCAAUGCACCAUGGUUCCUUAUAGUGGUUAAAGGUUGUACUUAAUAUAAAAAGGUAAGAAGAAAAUUGGUCUUUUAAGAAUCUUUGAGAACCAAAAAUUUUUCUCUUAUGGCAUCAUAGUGAUGAACACUUUUAGCACUUUUACUUUAAAAUGUGUGUAUGCUAUGUCCUUAAAGUAAAUAAUAAUAAAAAAAUAUUUCUUACUAUUAAAUAUUUAACUUUAAUAAACAAACGCAGAUGUUACUCUAAAGAGGAUUGUAAAGUCAUGCACAUAAACAAAAGCUCUUGAAUUGUUAACCACCAAGAGAUUCCUGUGUCUCCAAAGGUCUCUGACACAAAUGUAUGGCCGGCUGAACUCAAGCAAAUAAACUUUGACCCUUUAAGACUUUUUCUUCUGCGUGACAGCUCCUGAAUGACAGACAACAGCUGUUUAAACAAUCAAAAACCUAAAAAUCUUGACAUGGCCACAAACAAUAGUAACAUUAGUAAUAACACAACCUUCUAAUACCCCUAAAGAUGCCUCUUUAAAAAACUUGCACUGAAACCACAGAAUUCUUCUCUGCAUUUUAAUAGCUACAUCGCAUGAUACAUUAAAAUGCCACUUAGGGAAAAAAGAGAGCUUGGCAAAAAUCCCAGACAAAAUGUCUUUUUUUGUCCGGACUGCACUUUUCAGUAAUCGCUCCUUACAGUAUGUGUAACCUAGUGUGUUGAAAAAUGUGCAAAACAAAAUGUAAUGUGUCUAGACGGGUACAACAUUGCACACUAAAAGGCAAGAACAAAAUAAACAUCAAAGUGGGAAAACAGAUGAGCGAAGGGGAAUGUAGGGGUUAAUCUCAGACUGGGGAAACCUGAUGCUAAUUAAGUCUUUGGAAUGUCACAUACUGACUGUGUUGUAAAACCUAGUGAGCUGCCUAACUAGACUGCGUUUCUGAAUAUCAAAAUCAUGUAGUACAUUUGGGAAACCAUAUAUGCAAUUACUUUUAGACAUUGAAUGCAAUGAUCAUUUUAAGAUGAGCGUUUUGGGCAUCAUAUGUGUGUGCAUAAUUUUUAAGCAUCAUAAUCACUCACGAUGCCAUAUAUAAUAGAUCAUAAUGCAAAAUGUGUUAAAAUUAUAGGUGCAUCAUGAACAUUUUGCAACACAUACAUACAGCAUUUUGGGCAUCGCAUGUUAGGAGUAUCCAUGCUUUUUGCAUAUAUGUAUCAUUUUGUCAUUAUGUGAACAGUUUGUAAUCUUUGCUAUCAUAGAUGCAUGUGCACGGUGUUUUAAUGGGCUUAUAAUGUUUCUACUUAUAAGUAAUGUGUCUGAUACCCCAACACAUACUGUCUAUGUAGGGAGCUUUUGAGAUUUUGAGACACAGCCAGUGACAUCCUCCUUUAGAAGUGUUCAUUGUGGCUCACACUAACAGCACGCACUCCAUGAAGUAGAGAUGCUCACCUCCUGCUGUUUAUAUUUUCAUUGACAUUCCAGAAGACAGCUGCAGGUAAGACAAUCUCACUAUUUAAAGAGUUUAUUGGCGGAGAACAAAAUCAAAACAUCAUGUUAUAGACUUGGGUGCUGACUAUUACUGACUUUAAACCGAGAGUAGGCACUUUUAAUUUUUGUAGAAACACGUGCAUGGCAACUAAAUGGAAUCUCUUACGUUUGGCGUUGCUUUAUUUCUUACGCUUUAUUGCGUAAUUGAUAUCCCCUUUUGUUUAGGUGGACCGAUGAUCAAACAAUGCCAUCAUCAAUAAGGACGCAGUUGCUGCUGGUUUGUGUUUUAUGUGCGUUCAGCUCUGCGCGCUCGGGGGACACUGGAGACGCCAGAGCCUGCUCAGGAUCGCACUGUCCGACGGGGAAAUCGUCCAGACCAUCGCGGCAGAACAAUCCGACAACACAGAGCAGAUCGAUAAAUCAACAUCAUUCCCUCCCCAGCUCGCAUUUUGAACAUCACGCGGCGCUCUUAUCGCACCGCGGGCGGUCUGGAGAGCAGACAAGAGAAAACAUCCAAACGCGCGUCGCUGGUUUUUAUGGUUCUGCGUGCGCAGAUUGCGGCAGCCCUCCAAAGCCAGCACCGCAAGUUAUUAACGACACCAGAGAAUGUAAAGGAAUUGAGUGCCGUUUACCUCUAAGGGUACGACCGAAGCCACGAUCGAGACCGUGCGCUGGAGACGGGUGCGUGCCCGGGACCAGCCAACCUCCUCUCAUCCAUGUGGCAGACAGAGCUGCACAGUUUCUGGGGGAAUUUCCUGACAUUGGAUAUCCUGCAUCUGAGCUCGGAGCUCCUUUGGGAGUGCAGCUCACUUGUGACAUCAAACCAGGAGAAAAUGAGGUCCCUGCAGAGGAUGCACUUAUCCUACAUCUACAGCUGACAAAGGGUCAAGAGAAGCUAGUAGAGACGUUGAGAGCUCAGCAGGUGGUGAUCCGCGAUCUUCAGCAGAGACUGGUGGAACAGCAGGGGAUGCUACUCUCCCAGCAACGCGAGAUACUUGACCAGCAGCAACGCAUGUACGAGCAGAUGGAUGUGGUUAAGGCUCAGUAUGGUCUGCUUUCUGAAACUGUCAAACAAGUCUCCUUCCAAGGCCUUCAGGGAGAACUCCAGAACUAUUUUGAAAGCCACCUGGCCGGGCUUCAGAACCAGGCGCGAAGCCACCUGCAGAAAUCCUAUGCUGUGCAUAAAAUGAAUGUGGACACUAAAGUAAUGGAUGUAGUUGGAGAUGCUGAAAGCCCAUUGCUAGGCUGUCCAAAUCCUUGUGGACCAGAUGAAUACUGCGAUUUCCAGAAAGAUCCACCCCAGUGUGAAAGAUGUACCAUGUGUCCACCUGGAUUCUUCCUAGUGUCGCAGUGUUCCCCCACCGCUGAUAGGAUGUGCCAGGACAGGGAUGAAUGCUUGGAAUUACCAAGCCUAUGUGGAGAGCGAGUGAAAUGUCUCAAUACCCCAGGAGGAUUUCGCUGCCUGGGUGUGUCUGAGAGGGAAAUUUCCGCAGGGCUGUGUGGUCAAGACUACUUCUACAAUCAGGAACUUCAGGAGUGUCAGGCUUGCUCUGAUUGUGAUGGUGAGCCUAUUGCGAUUCCCUGCACUUCCAUCAGUGAUGCUGUUUGUGGAACCAUUUCAGAGAACAUGCUGUCACGGUCUUGGGCUGCUUCUAUUGCCAUACCGCCAACAAAGUCAAAGGUCACAUCCAUCUUCCCAGGGUUACAACUUAAUAUCCAUGGCCAAGAAGGAAACAUCCUACUGAACAACCAUGAUGAUUAUCUCAACUUCCAACAACAUGGACUUGUCUGGACAGACUACAACUUUGCUUUGAAGCACAGUUGCAGGAACUUUAUCCAGGUUGGGAUGCGAAUUAACGGCACUGAAGAGGAGAACCAUGAUCUGAGUGGGGUUCGAAUAGAGCAACCUGAGAGGAAGUUCUACCAGGGUGUGACUGUAAGUGCUGCCGUUGAGGUGGAGCCCAAUCAUACUUUGGCACUUGUCUUGAAGAGUCCCAACCAACAUUGCAACCAGAGUAAAGAUCUGCAAGUGUAUGAGCUUGGAGGGUCCUCAUUCAGCUUGCUCUGGCUAUCUCAUGACACCGGCGCUGUGGCCAUGACUGCGCAAAUGUCUACAGCAGCUCACUAUCACAAUAACUAUCGCCCGACCUUUCGUAUAGCCACUGUCUCUGACCCCUACAUAGUAGCACUUACCCCCGACAGCCGUGGAGUGCGUUUCAUGGAGAAUGGUGUGGUGAAGUUUGUGCUCCAACAGGCCAUAUAUUCCAUGGGUCAUGCCUGUGUUAGAGAAGGGUUCUCACUGAUUGCCUACGUCAACCAAAACGGAACCAACCGGGAGGUUAUACGCUCUUUUAAGUCAGGUGUCAAUUACAGGGACACCUCCAUCUCUCUUUCUGGGUCCACGAGGGUGGACAAUGGAGACUGGCUUAAUUUUGAGAUUGUUGCACCAUCUCAGUGUAAUGUCCGCUACUUUGGCGAUAGCUCUGGGAUUAGUAUACUGAGUUUGUUGUGGAUCCCUACUGCUGUCUCGUCUAGCCUUAUGGCCACUGUCUCCAAGACAGGCCUACUUUCAGGGGCAGUAAGAAAUAAACCUCUUUUCUUUAGACAAAUAAGUCCAAACACAGACCAGAUGCGGCUAGCUGGUUCAAGUGAGCCCAAUGCCCAAAGGAACUUUGUGUUUUCUGAGGCUGGGGUGGCCAGUGUGGCCCUCAACCUAAAGCUGAUCCACUCCUGCAGUGUGGUGAAGCUGACCCUUUACCGGCAAGAAAAGGGAAUUCAAGCCAUAUCUUUGGCCCAGCAGGUGGGUGGCCAUAUGCCAGAAGGAAGUGAGUGGGCUAGCGUAGGGCUGAGAACUUCAUUUGAUGUUCAAAAUGGCACUGUUAUCUAUGUUUCUGUGGACUGUGUUCGUGGCCGAAUCAAUCAAAUUACCACUGAAGGUGACACCAACAUAUCUAUUCUUUGGGUGGCAUCAUGAUCCCAAAAAUGUCUUUACAAUAGUGCUGCAAAACAACUAAUCGCAACUAAUUGUUUGCAGAAUAAAAGUUUUUGUUUACAUCAUAUAUGUGUGUGUAUUGUUUAUAAUAAUUAUGUAUAUAAAAACACACACACAUGCAUGUAUAAUUUUAAGAAAAAUAUCUGUGUAUAUAUUAAGUAAUUAAAUUGGAUUAAAUUCAGUUUUAUUUAUAUAGCGUUUUUCACAAUAGGUAAUUGUAUCAAAGCAGCUUUACAUUAACAGAAGCAGGGGAAAACACAGAAAAAUCGACAGACAACAUAAGUAGCAAAAUACAGCGGCUAUGAAUAAACUUUACAAGCGAGCAUAUUAAUAAUGUAUCGUAUAAAAAGAGGGUGCUAAGCUAAGCCGAUGUCGGCUGACUCCCUGGGGUUGAAAAAAAUCCCUAGGAAAAAAACCACCCGACAUUUUUAGCCUGGGAGGAACAAAAAGUCCUCGGAGAGAAAAAACCCUCCGGGUUAAACGGGUUCCGUCGUUCGUCAGGCAUCGGCUGGGCAUCACGUUGAAGGACAGCCAGUAGAUCAGUGUUGACCUCUACGGCAGCCGGAACUGGGUCUGUUUGUCUCAAUGUCCUCGGGAUUCCUAUUAGUGUAGGGGCCGUUCGCAUGUACUGCAAGUGUCACACAGUGUUGUGUUUUAAUAUAUGCUCGGUUCCAGACAGGCUAGUUAUUGCGGCAUAAGUAUAUUACCCAGAGGAGUUGUGUGAAUGCUUUGUUCCAUACAGGCUAACUAUUGCGAGAUAAGUACAUUUACUGGACAAAUUAUGUGAAUGCUUUGUUAAAGAAAAAGUCUUAAGUUUAGAUUUAAAGUGAUCGAUUGUGUCUGAUUCUCGGCCAUCAGUUGGCAAAUCAUUCCAGAGCUUAGGGGCCACCAAGUAUUCAUAUUUAUAAUAUAAAUUAUACAUAAAUAUAAAAAUGUAUAUACAUACCUUAACAUUUCUUACAUGCAUGUGUGUGCAUUUAUAUACAUAAUCAUUAUACACUACACACACAUGCUGUGUAUAUGA